GAGAAUGAAUUAGGUACUCCUGUGAAACACGUGGCUUUCUGUGGGAUGUGGUCACUGAAAAAUGCUGAGACCCUCUUCAACACCCAGCUCAUCAAAGAGUCUGGAGGCAACUACAACCCUAUUGUACUGGACCAGUAUCCGAUGCUUUGCUUUGCAUACAAAGGAGUUUUGAAAAAUGAAAUUGGAGUAGCUUUCACUUACCGCAACACUCAAGGGGCAACUACUUCAGUGACUGAGAAUAUCAUGUCUAACUUCAAUAAGGGUGACAAAUGGAGUUAUAAAUGCACAGACCUGCUCAGCUCUCUGCAAUCAAAAUACUUUGGAAAUCAGUUCAAACUGCACCAGGUUCAUCUGUACAAAGACGACUCUGAUGAAGAUUUUUACGUGGAUGCUGUUAACAUUGGAAAGACACCAACGACAAAUGAUGAAAAUGCUGUUGUUCACAAGAGAAGGCCACCGCCUUUUGAGAGCUCUGGUCGCUCCUUCAACAACUUGCUCAUCAGCAAAGACACAUCAGUUAAUUCACACAUCAUCUACACAAUCAGAGCCACACCCAAUGACUGUGCCUUUGGGUUCCCCAUGAUGGAGGUCGGCUUCCUGCAGCUGAACGACAGCGGCGAGGACACGAGGGAGUUCGUGCAGGGAGGAGCCAACGUCACCGUCACCCGUCUUCACCGAGCCACGCCCCCGCUGAACGGCACCUUUGAUGUGAUAGCUUACGGAGGCCGCGCUGAAAAUUUGCCCGUGGACAUCAGUGUAGAAGACAUGAAGUACGCCCUGGAGGGAAUCCCAGGGAUGGGGACAGUCAAAGUCACUUCUCUGGGAAACUGCAGACAGCCCAAGUGGAGGAUCAAGUGGCUGACCAACCCUGGAGACCAGCCUCUGCUAGAGGUGGACAGCUCCUCAGUCAUCGGACCAGGGGCGCAUGUCGAGGCACGUGAGAAAACAAAAGGAGGCCUGUUGAUUCGAAGUUUGACAGGAGACUUCUUUAGUGUCUUCAAAACCGAACCACAGGUGGAGGUUUGGAUCAAUGGCAUCCCAUCGUGGUGCUCUGGGGACUGUACCUUUGAAUGGUCGGAGGAGAAGACUCCCUUUGUAACAGGAAUCAGCCCAUCGCAAGGAUCUGACGGACUGGGGACUCUUUUAACUGUUACUGGAACUGGAUUUAACAGCGAAAACGCCUCCAUCAUGGUUGGAAAAACCAGGUGCCAUGUCGAACAGGUCACAAGUACCACUCAGGUGUGCAGGUUGGGCAGUGCCCCCGCUGGUACGUACCCCGUGUGGGUCACCUUCCCCUCUCUGGGUUAUUCACGCUACACAGACGAUGACGUCUUGUACUUCACCUACCAGCUGAUAGUUUCAUCUUUCUCCCCGAUGUCUGGAAGUCUGGCAGGAGGAACGAUGCUAACACUUGGAGGCUUCGGCUUUGGUCCGAACGCCGUAGUUAUGGUCGGCAGUGAUGAGUGUAUGAUGAUGCAUGCAAGAGGCACCGAGCUGAAAUGCAAAACACCUCCAGGAACUGCCGGAUCCGUGGCGGUCACAGUGACCAUGGGAAACAUGACUCAGACGGCUAACAGCUCCUUCACCUACGACGCCGACCUCACACCUCAGAUCUCAGGCCUGAGUCCUCUGGAAACCACUGUGAUCGGACACAGAGUUCUCACCAUUGAGGGAUCAAACCUCGGCGGCCCAGACAAUGACAGUUUCGUGUUGGUGGGAGGGAAGAAGUGUCUCACGCUGAUGUGGACGGCGACGAACAUCACCUGUCGCCUCCCUGUGCUGCCUCCAGGCCUGCACAAGGUGGAUGUACAGGUUGGAAACAAUGGCUACCCACAGACCAGUGUUAACACCACCAUUGAAUACAUCCUGGAAGUCCACAGCGUCUCUCCGUUGUUUGGUUCUUUACUGGGAGGAACUCGGCUGACUAUCUCCGGCUCUGGUUUCAGCACCAACAUCUCAGACAACAAAGUCUCUGUUGGAGAAGCGGAGUGUGAAGUGAUGGACGCCUCCGAGAAUGAACUGCAGUGUGUUGUGGAGUCGGAGGAGGAGACGCACAUAGUCACCAACCAGGGAGUCCACCACACUUUUGGAGAGGGCUUUGCUUGGGAUCCAGCCUCACUGACAGUGUUUGUAGGAGACACUGUGGUUUGGCGAUGGAAAGCUCCACUUUUUCAGUCUAAUGUCGGAUAUCGGGUCUUCAGUGUUGCCACCCCGAGUUCCACCGAACCUGACGGAGCAUUCAGCAGUGGGGACACGAAGACUGCUGAAGGGCACUUCAGGUACCGUUUCGGUUCCCCCGGUGUAAUUUACUACAGCAGUGGAUUCAUCGAUAACAACAACAGGAUGCUUCAGGGCGUCGUCAAAGUCCUGCCUCGAGAAGACAAGAACAGCAGAGUCUCAGUCCAAGUUGGAGGCGUGGAAGCCCGACAUGUGACCGCCGGUCUAAACCGUGUUUCCCGUGCCACGCCACAGUGCGUUGCUACAUCACAUUGUAAUCAUCCCAAUCAGACCUCACAUGGUGUUACCUUCAGCCUCGCAGCCUGCUCCACCCCCACAGUCCACUCCAUCUCACCCAACCAGGGCUCGUACCACCACGUCAUCAACAUCCAGGGCCAACGCUUCAGCAACGUGUCCUGUGCCAAUGAGGUGAGCGAUGUUUUAAUGAGGCUGCUGUUAAAAUACUUUGGUCAGAACAUGAAAAUUGCUGGCACUUGACACUACAGUGUUAAU